CGGAGAGAGAGAAUGUGGAGAAGAGCUCUCUCUUUGGUUGCACAAAGACGGUUUUCUUCGGAACCUGGUAUCCCAACUCUUUACUCUUUUCUGCAACCAUCAAUUUUUGCUCUGAGUAGAACUUCACAGCCAUCCUCAGACCCACCAAAAUCCCAAUAUCAAACCACCCCCAAAACCCUAACCCAAGACCACCAAGCCACACUUGAGUCGACUCUCCUAACCUCUCUCAAUUACAACAACACUGACGAGGCAUGGAAGUCCUUCAAGACUCUCACCAACAGCUCUUCAUUCCCAAGUAAGCCUCUCACUAAUUCUCUCAUUACCCACUUGUGUUCACUCACUGACACCCACAAUCUCAAAAGAGCUUUUGCUUCUGCGGUUUUUUUGUUAGAAAAAAACCCACAACUUUUAGAACAUGAAACUGUUGGAACCCUUUUGAAUUCAAUGAAAGAUGCGAAUACUGGUACCCCGGCUUUUGCAUUGGUCAAAUCCAUGUUUAAGAAUAGGUUUUUCAUGCCAUUUAGUUUAUGGGGCAAUUUACUUGUUGAAAUUAGUAGGAAAAGUGGUAGCUUUGUUGCCUUUUUGCGGAUUUUUCAUGAGAGUUGUAGGAUUGCUAAGGAAGAAAAGUUGGAUUUUAUGAAACCUGAUUUGUCCGCAUGCAAUGCGGCACUUGAGGGUUGUUGUCGUGAGCUUGAAUCCGUAAGUGAUGCCGAGAAAGUGGUGGAAACAAUGUCAGUUUUGCGUGUUCGACCAGAUGAGUCGAGUUUUUGCUUUCUUGCUUAUUUAUAUGCCUUGAAGGGGCUUGAAGGAAAGAUUACAGCGUUAGAAGGUUUGAUGACUGGGUUUGGUUUUUCUGACAAUAGGAUGUUUCUUUGUAAUUUGAUUAGUGGAUAUGUGAAGUCAGGUAAUUUGGAACUCGUUUUGGCAACUAUUCUACGUAGUUUGAGAGAAAGGGAUGGACAUGGUUCAAAUUUUAGUGAAGAAACAUAUAUUGAAGUGGUAAAAGGAUUUCUUCAAAAUGGGAGUAUCAAGGAGUUAUCAAAUUUGAUAAUUGCAACUCAGAAGUUGGAAACCCCCACCAUCAUGGUUGACAAAUCUAUUGGGCAUGGUAUCAUCAAUGCUUGUGUUAAUCUCGGAUUAUUAGAUAAGGCACACAGCAUUCUGGAUGAAAUGAAUGCUCAAGGGGGUUCUGUUGGGCUUGGGGUCUAUGUUUCAAUCUUGAAGGCUUAUUGCAAAGAGCAACGAACGGCUGAAGCUACUCAAUUGGUUACAGAAAUAAGUAAUUCAGGACUCCAGCUGGAUGCUGGUACCUAUGAUGCUCUAAUUGAAGCAUCCAUGUCGAGCCAAGAUUUUCAAUCGGCAUUUUCUCUGUUUAGGGACAUGAGAGAAACUCGAAUACCUGAUUUGAAAGGGAGCUACUUGACCAUAAUGACGGGCUUAACAGAAAAACAUCGCCCUGAGCUGAUGGCAGCCUUCUUGGAUGAGGUUGUUGAGGACCCUCGAGUUGGAGUGAGCACACAUGACUGGAAUUCAAUUAUUCACGCAUUCUGUAAAGCUGGGCGGUUAGAAGAUGCAAGGAGGACGUUCAGAAGGAUGAUCUUCCUUCGGUUUGAACCAAAUGAACAGACAUAUCUUUCACUCAUUAAUGGUUAUAUGACUGCAGAGAAAUAUUUUAGCAUUUUGAUGCUGUGGAAUGAGGUCAAGAGAAAAGUUUCAAUCGAAGGAGGGAAGAGGUUCAAAUUAGAUCAUAGCUUGGCCGAUGCCUUUCUGUAUGCUUUGGUUAAGGGGGGUUUCUUUGAUGCAGUGAUGCAAGUUGUGGAGAAAUCGCAGGAGAUGAAGAUAUUUGUUGAUAAGUGGAGGUGCAAACAAGCAUUCAUGGAGAAACAUAAGAAGCUCAAAGUGUCAAAAUUGAGGAACAGAAACUUCAGGAAAAUGGAAGCACUUAUUGCUUUCAAGAAUUGGGCUGGUGAGGCUUCCGUACAGAACACAGCUCAAUGGCUACCAAGGCUCAAGGUGGAAAUGAGAAAGAUCAUUUUCAAAUAUUGGAACAGUUACAGUUUUGUUGGGAUGCUGAGCUUUGUGUUUGCUCCCGAACCACACAAAAUGGACUCUGAGGAGAUGAGGUUGAGGGAAGAAAAAGAAGUAAUGGUUUUGAAGAAUUGGAAUAAUGUGGUCACUUCCACAAUAGAUUCUUUGUUCUCCGAUCACAAACAUCAUUCUGGCAAUAGGUUUAGCUUUGGGGUUGUUGAAAUUUUCUGCAAAACAUGGGAAUCAGAACUGCCAGGAUCAAACCAUGUAGUUCACCUUUUAUGUGUUGAUCAGUUUGAUACAGAUGCUGUUGGGGCAUACUGUUACAUUCCUGCAGUGUUUAUGGGCACUACUGUUACAUUUAUUUUCAGGCACCAUCCUCUCUAUAGAUUUCGUCUAUCACGGAAAAGUCUUAUUGGGAGAACUUGCCAGUGGGUGAGACACCAGGCAAGAUCUCAGUUCUCAGCUGUUGGAGGGAAACUGGCAACUGGAAAGUACUGA